CUCCAGUUGAACAGUGCGGCUCGCGCAAGCGGACAGUACGCUCGAGAGUAUGUUGUCGACAUCUGCGGAAUACAGUAAUAAACGUGUUAUUGCUUAAAAAGAUCACUUGAUAACAGUCUCUGUUUCACCUGAUAAUUCGAAAAGCUUUACCUGCAAAAACCAGAAACUCCCCGGACUUCUGUGGUUAUCGGGGGACACUAGAAGACAGAUUUGACUCGCUGUCCCCUGCUUACAGAGACACAGUGAUCAUCAAUGAGGACAUUAGGAAUGGCUGUGUUCAAACAAGAAAAUGUGGAGGAUUUCUAUGAAAUUGGAGAAGAACUUGGAAAUGGGCAGUUCGCUAUCGUGAAACGUUGCAUAGAGAAGAGCACAAGCGUGGAGUAUGCAGCAAAGUUCAUAAAGAAGCGUCUGAAUCGGGUGAGCCGGAGAGGUGUUCGGCGAGAGGAAAUCGUGAGGGAAGUGGACAUCCUACAGGAGCUCCAGCAUCCUAACAUUAUCACAUUGCAUGACGUUUUCGAGAACCGCACUGAUGUGGUGCUCAUUCUGGAACUUGUAUCUGGAGGCGAACUCUUUGACUUCCUGGCCCAGAAGGAGUCACUGAGUGAAGAGGAAGCCACAGAAUUCAUCAAACAGAUUCUUAACGGAGUUCAAUACCUGCACUCCAAGAAAAUUGCACAUUUUGACCUAAAGCCUGAGAAUAUCAUGCUGCUGGACAAAAAUGUUCAAUUGCCGCGGAUCAAGCUUAUUGACUUUGGUUUGGCGCAUAGGAUCAAGGACGGAGUGGAUUUCAAAGACAUUUUUGGGACUCCAGAAUUUGUUGCUCCAGAAAUAGUCAACUAUGAGCUGCUGGGAUUAGAGGCAGACAUGUGGAGCAUCGGAGUCAUCACAUACAUCCUGUUAAGCGGGGCAUCACCGUUUCUGGGCGAAUCCAAGCAGGAAACUCUGGCAAACAUCUCAGCUGUGGAAUAUGAAUUUGAUGAGGAAAUCUUUGGCAGCACCAGUGAACUAGCCAAAAGCUUCAUCAGACAACUGCUGGUAAAAGAUACAAGAAAGAGGCUUACGAUUCAAGAUGCACUCAACCACACGUGGAUAAAGCCUGUAAAUCCCAGACAAGCCCUUGUGCGAAGACAAUCUGUGGUCAACAUUGAGAAUUUCAGGAGACAGUACGCCCGGAGAAGAUGGAAGCUUUCUUUCAGAAUCGUAACCCUUUGCAACCACUUAACACGCAUGAUGAAGAAAGGUCACUCCAAGCAACAGGAUAAACCCAAGAUGGGCUAUGUAGGGGGCACGGUGGCCAUGUUUGAGAGAGAGUGUGAGAGUGAUCAAGAGGAGGAUGUGAUGCUGAGGAGACCCAGAACCAGAAAGAGGAGCAGCACUUCCUGAAACUCCUUUUUGCUCCACCCUCCGAACCGCAUAUGAGCUUCACAGGUGCAUGCUGGUUUUGAGGUGAACCACUGGCAUGUGUGCUUUUUUCCUAAUGCACACAUUUUGUUUUGUUUUUAGAAAGGCCUUUGAGGCAUCGGUAAUGCGUAUGUGGCUUGUUUAUCUUCAUAACGGUGCAAUUAUUAUACACGAGUCACAGCAUCUGUACACAUGAUGCAACAAGUGCAUUUGUGGCAAAUAUACUUAGAAAGAAAAAAAUAUUUACAUGUUAUAAAGCUGUAUGUUAAUGUAUUAAUGUACGUAAUGGAAUAGGAAAGAGGUUACUGGAUAUACAUUUGACCAGAGGCUAAUGUCUUGAAGUGUGCAUGAACACUUUUGCAUUCCUGUAUUGGAACUUCAAAUUUAAUUUGUCUUUCAAAAUCUGUAUAAUUGAUUCAUGACUGAUAUAUUCAACAGCUUAAUUUUUAUUCUGUAUAUGAUAUAUGUUUUUUUUAUUGUAAUUUUAACAUUCCGUUGAUGAGUCAGUGCAAAAUGGACUGGGUUUGUCAAUCCAGUUUGUAACAUUCUCAAAGUAUUUGCUCGUAAUCUUUGUGCUUUAGACAGUAAUGAUGGUGAUGUUCAAACCUGUCUACAUGAGAUGUCCUGUAUCAGAGGAUGUCAUUCAUUUUGAGUGACAUUUUAUAUAGAGAUCAGGACAUUUGAAAGGCAGAAGUUUCUGGAGAUCAGGGCGGGAAUAAUGCUACCUCGUGGCUUGUGUUGGAGGUAGAAGAACGUUUUAUUUGUGCUUUUCAAAUCCUCUUUAUUACAUUUUUUCAGUUUAAGUCAGCAUUAGAAAGUUUAGUAAUAACAAAAUAGAGAAACAGGUUUAACUUUUUGUAUUCCACUCCCUCUGUCCAAUUGCAGACAAAGUAAAUUUCAGGAAACCUACAGUGGCAAGAAAUAGUAUGUGAACCCUUUCUAAUUAGCUGGUUUUCAAAAAUAACAUAAAAAAAUCAAACAAUAUGCUGAACUUUGACAAACGUAGUCUUUGAUAAUGUUGAAAUUGAAAUGCAGAAAUUGUGACAAAAUGUAGAAAUCAUCUGCUCUUCAACCAUGGAUGAAUAAGUUGCUCUCUUUAGCCAUCUAGUGUUUAUACUUGUAAUUUCAUCAGUGUUUUUUUGUUUGUUUUCUAUACAUGGACAGCACAGUUUGAUUCUUGAGAUUGUAAGCUUUCAAACUGUAUAUUAUUUAUGAGGAUUGGCUCAGUAUUUGAGAAAAUAUUCAUAAGAAAAAUAAGAUCAAGGUCAUAUAGGUAAAUAAAUGAGUAAAUAAAAUACACCUCCUCCCCAUUAAAUAUGUAAAGUGCUGUGGAAAAAAUAUGUGAACCCUUGUAUUUAAUAACUAGUCGAUCCUCCUUUGACAGCAAUAACCUUAACCAAGUGUUCCCUUUUUUUACCUCAUUGAGCAUUCUGCGGUGUGUCCUUUGAGUCAUCUUCGCUGGAUGGCCACUUCCAGGGAGAGUAGCAACAGUACUGAAUCAUCUCCAAUCAUAGACAGUUUGUCAAACUGUGUAAAGAUGAAUAUCUAAGCUAUUCGAGAUAAAUGUGUAACAUUUACCAGCUUUAUGCAAAGCAACAAUUCUUGAUUGCGAGCCAUGGUCCAUGUCAGCAGAUGCUUGUGUAAAGCAAAAUCAAAAUGUUUGAGCGCUUUUAAUUCAAAGUAGCUCUAACCCACACCUCCAAUCUCCUUUCAUGCCAGGUUUGCAACUCCUGACUCUAAUUAGCUUUUGUUGAUUUCAUUAGCCUAGGGGUUCACAUACUUAUUUCAACCUACACUGUGAAUGUUUAAAUUAUGUAUUCAAUAUGUACAAAAACAAUACAAUAAUUUGGGAGUUUAUUAGCUAAAAUAGAUUGUGUUUGUUCAUUAUUGUAACUUAUAUUAAGAUCAACCCAGAUUUGAUGGCAAAUUUAUACAUAAAUGCAGGUAAUUUCAAAGUGUUUAUAUAUUUCAUAUCACUGUAUUUGAAAACAGUCAUUAUUUUUGCAAAUCUAUUUGGCGAUACUAGUGGCAGUGAAAUGAUGUACAGUAACAGUUCGGUAACCUGAUUACAGAAACUGAUAUGUAAAUUGGUUGUAUUACAGUGCCUUUCACAUCAAUGUUUUCUGAAUUGUAUGAGUGUUGGUAAGAAUGCUGAUCAUAGGCCACACAAAAGUGCCCUAUGCUCUACAGAUGUCACUAUCAGGAAACCAAGUCAUAGUAUGCUAUUGUUUCUAGGAAUCUCUGUAAUGUCCUGUGAGGUCUGAAAAUUUGUCACACCAAUUAAUUAUGUAAAGGAUUUAGGAAUUCAGUGUUCAUUACUGAAAGACCCUCAGAUUAAUAAGUAUUAAACCUUUCUGGAUUUGCAGUGCAUACUUGUAUGUUACAUAAUAUGCAAACAAACAUAUGUUUUUGUCUAUUGUGUUCAUAGCAUGUUUAUGUCCACAUGUAUUGUUUACAUCACUUUCUGUUAAAUCAGUUCUCACAUGACUUAAAUGAAGAGUUGGUGUUAGAGGACUACACAGUAUUGUUUACAACAGAGGUCGGCUACCUUUUUGACAUGGAGUGCUAUUUUUUUAUUUUGUUGGUCAAUGACUGUGCCCACACACACAAAUGCUCAUGUAUAUGAUUUUCCGAAGUUUGAGACCGCUUGUGAAAAUGAUUCUAUUUUGCAUUACAAAAUGAUAUUAUCAGCAUAACAGUUUGAGUGACAAAUGUGUGCAAACCCCGCAUGUGAAAAAUCUUGCAUAUGAAUUUUCACAGAGCAUCAUGUGAAAGUGCUUUAAUGAAAGAAAACCUGUCCUUUUGUACAAAAUGAGUUAAAGUUUAUGUUACAAAUGUGCUUAUUUGAUUACUGAUCACACAAGAAACAGAGAGAGAGAGAGAGAGAAGCAGGAUAUUUUAGGUUUUCCGCACCUGCAUUCCAAUCUACAUCUUGAUGUAAUCCUUCCUCAUGAUCAAGCAGCGAGUUUUCAUCAGCUGAAUGAGAGGCUAAACACUAUUAAAGUGUGACGAGACUCGUGCUGCAUGCAAGCAAUUCGCGCAUCACAAGCUAUGCACCUACAAAGUUCUAAAACUUUAUUUCCAGGUUUAAUUUAUAUUUUGAAUAGAUUCAUAUUUUUAUCAGAUUAUGUUUUCUCUUUUAAUCUUUUAAUGUAAUUUUGAGUGUGAAUAUGGUUUAAGGACUGUGUACCUGUAUGCUGGGUUGGAAAUCUCAAGGAUUAAUAGUGGUGUUUUCCAUAUUACAUAACGUGUUGUUCUGAAACCAGAAAGAAUCAAAUGAAACACAGAAUGUAGGCUGUCAUCCGGGCAGCCUGACUGAAGCGAAGCGGGCGCGUUUACUUGCGCAAUUAACUGAAAGUGAAGCGCUGCCGGCUCGUGAUGCGCAAAUGGCUUGCACGCGCUGCACGAGUCUGUUGGGUAUACUGCAGUCUCGACACAUUAAAUUUUUUGUGUAGUCUCCUAUUCAGUUUAUGAAAACUUGCUGCACAAUCAUUAGGAUGGAUUACAUCAAGAUGUAGAUUGGAAUGCAGGUUUGGAUUUUCAAAUUAAUAAAAUAGUCUACCCCUCUGGCCUGCCAGUGAUUACCCCUCCGUAUGCCAAUGAUGGCACGCGUGCAAUAGGUUGCCGACCCCUGGUUUACAUGUACAACUCCAGAUUUCCUAGAAGUGGAAAAUAUUCGUAAUAUGUGCCUCAAGGAAAAAUCGAAUCGUCCUUCAUGUCCUUUUUUUAUUUUAUUUUAUGUAUGGAUAGGAUUUAAUUGUCUUUUUCACAUCCAAUGUGAAAUGAAAACAAAAGUUUAUUUAGAGUUAUCAAAAAGCCCCUUUUUGCACAA